GUUGGUAUUUUUUUAUUUUUUUUUUAGAAUACUGGAUUUGUUCAACGAAUAUAGUUUUCUUGAUUUGCUUUAGAAGAGUUAAUGGAUCGGUAUGUAUUAUAAAUAACAAAUUUACUGUUUUUUGAAUUUCGUCUUUGUGCAUCCGUUUCAAUAAAUUCAGUUUAGUUCAUGUUUCAUAUUUUUAUGUUCUUCGGACACAAUUAUAGGUAAUGUUUGAAGAUGUAAACAUGUAUUGACUAGGGACACAGAUAGUUUGCCAAAAAUCUGUGGCUCCGUCUACCUUUUGAUCGUUUGAAAUGCUCUUGGUGUUCUAUCGUUAAGAGAGAGCUCUAGUUGUCUGCUUAAUUAACAUUCUUGUUGCCUGCCACACUUCAAGCUAGUCUGCUUCUUUUCACUUUUUCGAUAUGAGAUUUUUUGGGUGCCUAUGUAUGUGAGCACAUAGGUGUGAUUUCAUAAAAAAAAAAACUUGGGAUUUUACAGCUGCUAUACUUUGACAAAGUUUGUUGUAAUUAGUUUCCAAAUUAUGAUUUUUUUGGCAUCUGAUUAAUGGAAGUUAAAUAGAGGUUAAGGAUUGCAAGAAUUGUUGCUCUGGCAUUCAAGUGAACAUCUAACAAGUCUUGAUGCCCAAUCACGCAAUUUACAUUUAAUUUCCAAGUCUAAAUUGGGUUGUACGGCUUCUCUAUUAGUGCUAGGUCAGUGCCAUGUCAUCCGAUUACAAGAUAGAUGCAGUUGUUUGCCCAGAUUCCAUGGCACCAGAUUUCAGCUCUUCAAAUGGGAAGGUGACAACUGGUGAAAGGGCUAAUGUGGUACACAAGCUUUUUAAUGGUUUUCGUAGGCAUGGAAAUAGGACAAUAAGUAAUAUUUCAACAGAUGAAGAAUACAAGGUAGCAUCUGACAGACUUUCUCGGGGAACUAAAGCUGCUAUUGGUGAUAGUGUCAAUCUCUUGAUUGAUAUAGAGGAAAAGCGAGAACACGGGUCAGGAAAAAAAUCUGGACCUCUAUUGUCUGGAACAGCUUACUGCUUUUCUUCUUGCAGCAUGAUAUUGCUGAACAAAAUUGUUUUAUCAAGUUAUGCUUUCGAUGCAGGAAUCUCAUUAAUGUUUUAUCAGAAUUUAAUUAGUACUGUUAUAGUGCUGGUUCUGGGUUUCUGUGGAGCAGUGUCACUGGAGAAAUUGAAUUGGAAUCUAAUCAAGGUCUGGAUCCCUGUAAAUGUAAUAUUCAUUGGCAUGCUAGUUUCGGGAAUGUAUAGUUUGAAAUACAUAAAUAUUGCUAUGGUGACGAUUCUGAAGAAUGUGACAAAUAUUUUAACGGCAAUUGGUGAAUUCUAUAUUUUCCGGAAGUGUCAGAAUCAGAAAGUGUGGACUGCUAUGUUCUUGAUGGUCAUUUCAGCUAUAAGUGGCGGUAUCACAGAUCUUUCCUUUGAUACAGUGGGUUAUACAUGGCAAAUUGUGAACUGCAUUCUGACAGCAAGUUACUCUCUCACAUUGCGGCGCAUCAUGGACAAAGCAAAACAGUUGACAAGAUCUGGAUCUCUUAAUGAAAUUUCAAUGGUGUUGCUGAAUAAUAUGUUAUCCUUGCCUUUUGCAAUCUUCUUGAUUAUUCUGUUUGAGGAAUGGAAAUAUGUAAUUAAUGCUGAUGUCAUCAGAAUGCCCAUGUUUUGGUUUGUUGCAACAGCUAGUGGACUGCUUGGACUUGCCAUAAGUUUCACCUCCAUGUGGUUUCUAAAUCAAACUGGGCCCACCACUUACAGUUUGGUGGGCUCCUUAAACAAGAUUCCUCUCUCUAUUGCUGGUAUAGUGUUGUUCAAGGUUCCACUCAGCCUACCAAAUUGCUUCAGCAUCCUAUUUGGUCUGUUUGCUGGAGUAUUUUUUGCCAGGGCAAAAAUGUCCUGAUCCCUCAAAAUUCUUCUGACUCUGGAUAAGAAAGGAGAACAAGAGGUAUUGAUGCUUCCUGCAUGCUGCCAGUCGAAUCCCAUUUGAAUGAGUGCACAAAUCAAAUAUGAGGACUUGAAACAAGCUGAAGGUUUCUCAAAAAGAUGUUUUGUACACCUUUUUUUUUUUUUUUUUUUUUUUUUUCCAUGAAAUAGAAACUGGCAUACGAAGAAUCCAGGGAUUUGGAAAUAGCAGCUGCAACAAGUAGUAAAAAAGUAUUAUUGAUUGUUUAACCUUGAAUUUCAUUUUUGAGUCAAUUUCUCUCGGGCAUGCCUUUUGUUUUUGGCAAGGAAAUUGUAACAUUAUAUCUUUCAAUCACAUUAAUGGAAAAAUUCAACUUUCUCCAA